AAGAGCUUGGCGCACGAAAAAUACAGGAGCGCAGCAGCGCGCAGUAAAGUCGUUUUCCAAAAGGGAGCAACUUGUUGGAUGCUGGAUGCAGAGAACUGGAGAAUCUGAGGGCCUAUAAGCUUGCAGUCGAGCUGUCAACGUGCCGAUGUUUUUGUUCACWGAUGUCCAAGUCUUGUGACCUCGUAAGCGCUGCAGAGAAUGCRCCUCCAGGAGCACCCAUCCGGCAAGUUAACGCCCGAACAGAAAUCUUUAUUGUGAUGCAGCUUGGAAGAAUAACGCCAGGUUCCUACAACCAGGUCUGGAAAGAGGCCAUGUCAGAGCUGAGUUAUCUCCUGGCUGAAGAACUACCUCCUGUGCCCCCUCCACCUCAGCGAGACAGAGUGGUGUUCUUCCAGCGGCUGGCGACCCUUUAUGUGCGCUACGUUCAAGUCUUCAGGCAGCUGGAGGAAGCCCACAACAUGCUGGUCCACCCUCAGAAGAGACGACUUAUUCUUCUGCUUCUCAAGGGUGUAAUGGGGCGAGUGCUAGAACUGAAGUAUGAAAUGGUGGAAAAAGAGUUUUCAGAGUACCACUAUGUGGAUGACAUCCUGCAUGCACUGAAACUCACACCUCCUGCACUUGAGAUCCCCAUUCCAUACUUCUUUGUCGGUGAGCGCAGCAAAGAAACUGAAGAACGAAAAACGAUGGUGCUGGAUGUCCUGAAUUUGGCAGAUGAUUCAAAAGACCUUGAUACUUCAAUGGACAAAGUUAUGACUGAAGAGGAGGCCAUAAAGAUCAUUCAGAUGGUGGAGAGGGCGUGGCAAGGCAGGGUUAGGGCGAAGUUAAACAAAGAAAUCAGAUUUAGCAAUUUCGACAGACGGCACAGGGCCAAGGGCGCUGGAUCAGCUUUCAAUGAGUUGGCCGCCAUCCGCAUUCAGAAGAUAUGGAAGGGGUACUUACAAAGAAAGAAAACAAAGAUUGCUCGAGAUGAGGAGAUGAUUUUUCUUGGAAUGGUUAUGGAUCCAAAAUACCAGGGGCCUCUUCAGGCAGAAAUUGAUGCCCAAGCUAUUGACGCUUCCAUUCGAGUUAGACAAAAGAAACACGAGGAAAUUUACCUAAAUGCAAUAGAUGCAAUAGUGAAUCAAAUACGAGAAUUUGAGUGGAAUGACAUGGCCAAGACGAUGAAGAAUCAGAUUCGACAGUGGUUUUAUGAAUGUCGUAAUACCACAGGACUAUUUCCAGACUACCCAACUGUUGAAGAGGGAGGUUCAGCCAUCAUAUUUGCUGAAAAAACCCCUCAGCAGUUAGUGGAAGAAAUUGCUUUACAAGAAGAGGAGGCAGCGUCCAAAUCAAAAGCAAAAGGGAAGGACGACAAGAAGGCAAAAGAGAAGAAAGACAAGGGAAAGGCGAAGGGUGCAGAGGACGAUGAGGAAGGGUUGACGAUGAUGCCAUCUGCUUUUCUUUCAGAAUUGGCAGUGGCAAACAAAAGAUAUGAAGAGGUUUGGAAAACCCGUAAUGAGUCUGAAAACUUCACUCAGAUUCACGAAGUGGAGUUGGUUAAGGAAGAAAUGAGAAAAAUCGUAGAAGAGGAAGUUCGAUUAAAGGUCGAUGAAGAGAUGCGAGAGGAACUUGCUGAGUUGAAGUUGGCUAUAGAUAAAGAAAAACCUGGCAAACAAAAAGGACCAAAGAAGAAAAAAGGUUCUAAAGGUGGAAAGAAGAAGAAAAAGGAAAAAGAUCUGACACCUGAUAGGACCCUUGAGUCUUUGUGUGAAGAGCUGGUGCAGCAAGGCUUACUGAAACGGGCAAAAAAUUUCCGGAUGCAAGAUUUCUUGGGUGACUAUAAUUAUCUUGGCACUACAUUGAGACAAAAUGACAUCGAACCCAUGCCAUCAUUGUUAGAUGUCCGUCAAGUCUUAUCUUUAUAUGGAAUUUUACCAUUAGGCGCUCCAGAGGUUCAUGAGAAGGCUCCCUUAAUAAAGUCCAUACUGCUGGUGGGACCCGCAGGUGUGGGCAAGAGCAUGUUGGUCCAUGCAAUUUGCCAGGAGACGGGGGCCACUAUGUUUGAUUUGUCCCCCUAUAGCACAGCAGGAAAAUACCCAGGCAAGCCUGGAAUGGCCAUGAUGCUUCAUAUGGUGUUUAAGGUUGCAAGACUUUUGCAACCCUCUGUGAUUUGGAUUCAAGAUGCGGAGAAAAUGUUCUACAAAAAAGUUCCCAAGGAUGAAGAACAGCUGGAACCUAGGCGACUGAAAAAAGAUUUGCCUAAGUGUCUUAAACUGAUCAAACCAGAAGAUCGUGUCCUGAUAAUUGGAACAACAAAAGCCCCACAGAAUUCUGAACUUAAAUCGAUGUGUAAAAUGUAUGGCAAAAUCAUCCUCAUCCCAAGACCUGACUACGGCUCAAGAUACAUUUUGUGGGAGAAACUUAUUAAAAAGCAAGGAGGAAAAAUAACAAACGCUUUGGACCUCACCUCUCUGACGAAGGUGACUGAUGGCUACACUCCAGGCCAUAUGGUGCAGGUCAUCAGCAGUGUUGUCACCAAGGAUCGCAUCAAUGACUUGACAAAGCAACCCCUCACUGCUGAUGAUUUUAUUGUACCACUUGCCAAGUUUGAGCCCGUGCUCCAGAAGGAGGAAGAGGCGCUAAAAAACUGGUAUGCAAAAACACCUCUAGGAAAAAGAAGGACUAAAGCUGCUGCUGAAAAAGAAGACGCACUACUUAAAGCAAAAGAUGCAAAGAGCAAAAAGAAAAAAUAAAACUGCACAAAAAGUAAGGACAUUUUGUUUGGUCAGUAUUUGUUGCUGUGACAUCACUUGGCAGUAAGUCUAUAUAUUUGGAAAACCUCCUUCUUUUUAUUUAAAUUGUGCCACAUUUGAAAGGAAAAUGCAUUUGUUUUGUGGAGUGUUUUYAUUGUAUAAAUGUAAAACUUYCCAAAGCGCCACUAAUCUGAGAGAUAUCGAGAUGAGAUUUUGCAGUCAUUGGCAAUUCAAUAUCUCCACUUUAAGAAACCGAGUUCUAUUUUCGAACACUUCAAUGCACACCCCACCAUAGMGGGGCUUAUCAUAUGCCACGAAGAGGAAUCGCGUCUGAGCCGAGUUUGGCCAUUCAUACUUCUCCAAAGGAAGUACAGAAAAUAUGGUUGACAGUGCAAAACUACUGAAGGUGUCAAGCAGCGUUUAAAACCAAAYCAUACGUUAUCACUUCAUCGAUGUAAUGCUAAAUGGAUGGGAAGUGAUCCCACUAGUKUGUAAUCAAGUUAGUGACCAGUCUGAGAUGGAAGUACCAGGCUAUUUGUUAAAUUAAAUCAUUAAAUUAGUAAUAUGUCUUGUUUCUUCAGACUUCAAUCAUCUGAUCGAAUAAGGGACGCCAAACAAGAGCCAGUUGCAGAAAAAGAUGUUGGCAUUUGGCAGAGAGGAUCUGGCAAGUUUUUCCAAGGGCACAGCCGACACACUCAACUCUGCUGCCCAACAAUUAAAUGCUUUUUCCUUACAAAUGUGACACAGUUUAGAGGAAAUAAACAARCUUUCUAAUGGAGUAAGAUKCAUUGCCAAGAAAACAUUGCAACAGAGGCAAUUUAUCAAACACAAAUGCCCUUAUUUUUGUGUCGAAUACAUGUUGUAAGAAGAAAAUCUCAUUUUAAUGUUUCCUAUUAAAUAUUCCAGUGAGGUUCUAAUUAAUGUCUUUAUAAUAAAGAUUUCUCAUAUUUA